AUCAUCCAGUCACAACAAGAUGUUUCAAUAUCAAAACACAAAUUUUACUGUCAUUCUUUUUGUAACUAUACAUGUGGUUGCAAAUAAGUAUUUUCAAGAUUUCUACAGGAUGGGCCCUUUUAAAUUAAGUAGCCAUGAUAAAGUUGUUGACUCUUGACGUGACAAAUACAGUUAUCCGUGUAUUGGGAGGAGUUGGGCACCAGUAUGCCUCUGCAGCCUCUAUAUAUGGAAUUAAUGCUGACCCCGAAAAACUAGACGUAUCUUUUAGAACUAAAUGGAAAGAACAAAAUUUGAAGUAUCCAAACUAUGGAGUUUCUAGUGGGGUUACAUCACAUGCGUGGUGGAACGAACUGGUGAAACAAACUUUCAUUUCUAGUGGCUAUACAGAUACCGAGGCAUUGUCGAAGGUAGCAACACACCUGUACUUACAUUUUAAAACCAAUAAAGGGUGGGAAGUGUUACCAAAUACUCAAAACGUUUUACAAGAUGUAAAAUCAAAAGGUAUUAAGUUAGGCGUUAUAUCUAAUUUUGAUGAAAGAUUGGAGACUGUUUUAUCGAGUUUAGGACUUUUACAUUACUUUGAUUUUGUAUUAUGUUCUAGACUUGUAGGCCAUGCUAAACCUCAGUCACCAAUAUAUGAAAAGGCUUUAGAGAUAAGUGGUAUUUCAGCACCAGAUGCCUUACACGUUGGGGAUCAUACAGAUAAUGAUUAUACGGGGCCACGCAAUAUUGGAAUGCCCAGUGUACUGCUGAGUAACAAUGUGGACAAAGUUCCAGAUCACGUUGACAAAAAGUUUGUCAUAACAAAUCUUGCUGAUGUAUUAAAAUUUAUAUAGA